AUGCCUACCAAGCGCCUCUCACCAUCCUCUGAUCUUGGCGAUGUGGCAGAGUUACCGUUGAAGAAAACGCACCGAACCCACGAGGAAAAUCAGGAGCGGGCGUACAUCGCUGCCUCGCGCCGGGCCGACCGUGACAUCGAACACCGCAUCAGAUCCGCCAUGAAAGCGUCCGAGUGUCGCAGGAAGCGGACAGGGAGGGGUCUCAAGAUCACCCGCCAGGCUGUCAUGGGCGACGAACAAUACGAGAGCGAGGAGGACGACCACGCCACCCGCCGCUUCAGCAUGUCCACCACCAGUAGCACCCUCUCCGACUCCUACAUGCCAAGCCGCGAAGACCGCUAUGCUGAGGUCGAUGCGUUGUUCAAGAAGCACUUUCCCAACGUGCAGCUUUCGUCCAGACACAACGCGGCCCCGCAGAUACACCGUCACAGCUAUCCCCAGCAGCUUCAGCCGCACCCGGGAUUCGUUGCCCGGUACUCGCAGGAUCUGUCGGCACAGGCAGCUCAGGGGUCGCCUAUGCUCACUCCGCCUACGUCAUACCCCCUCCAGCCAGUGAAGACAGAAAAGUCCGGCUCCAUGUCUCCCCUAAUAUUGGAGUCGAGGUCGAGGAGGGGGAGUGCUCCGGCGCAGCAGGCGACGGUGGACCUGGGCAUCACUCUCGGAGACCCCAGCGCAGGUACCGGCUAUCUUUUGGACGACAGCGUCGACGCCCAGGGAGAAUAUCUCUAUGGCGCCAGUAGGACAGCAUCGGCACCGUCCACGUCCUUCCUUCCAGUUGACUUCUCAGCAUUAGCAACAGGUAGUCCAUCCUGGCUUAGCAGCGAGGGUCUGCCGCCGACAACUGGCGCGGCUUGGCACGGCAGGAACCUCUCCAUCUCCUCCGCGCUGCAGCAGUUCGAGUUUCCUGUCGAGACCACGUCCGCCACCACUACUGCGUUGCCGGCAGUAGCACCAGAAUCGCAAACCUUGGUCGAUCCUGCCAUUCUUCCUUCCGCGGGUCUCGUGCAUGCUUCCACCGAAGCGAGUAGAGCAGUCACUGCCACUCCGCCCAACGAGCCCUGGGCCGAUUGGGUGAAUCUCGAUGGGGAUGGUCUCCAGCCAUUGGGCGUCAAGGUGUAA